AUGGGUCAGGGAAUUCUAUGGCCACUUGUGUUGUCAUUACAGAACUCAUCUGACAAGGAGUCUAUCCUGACCAUCCUCCAGGUCCUCGGAGAUCUGCUCUCUGUUGGCACAGACCGGAGGAUACACUACAUGAUCAGCAAAGGUGGCAGUGAAGCUCUUCUGCAGACGCUGGUGGACACAGCAAGGACACUUUCUCCAGACUACGAUAUCCUCCUGCCUCUCUUCAGGCUGCUGGCCAAAGUUGGCCUACGAGAUAAAAAGUUUGGACAGAAAGCACUGGAACUGGAAGCACUUGAUGUGACGUUAAUUCUGGCCAGGAAAAACCUGUCCCAUAGUCAUAACCUCCUCCACUGUCUCUGGGCUCUGCGUGUGUUUGCCUCCAGAGUUACCACUGGAGCCAUGCUGGGAAUUAAUGGAGCGAUGGAAUUGCUUUUCAAGGUUCUUACUCCUUAUACUCGAAAGCACACCCGAACAAUCAGGGCAGCCACUGAAGUUUUGGCAGCAUUGCUGAAAUCCAAGUCUAACAGCCGCAGGGCGGUGAACAGAGGCUACGUCACGACUUUGCUCAGGCUACACCAGGACUGGCAUGGGCACGACACAGCCAACAGCUAUGUAUUCAUCCGCCGGGGACUUCUGCUCUGCCUCAAGCACAUUGCCAUCCUCCGGUCGGGCAGGGAGGCCUUCCGGGCAGCCCAAGGAAUGGAGAUUCUCUACAGCACCUCUCAGAACUGCUUGGAUGACAAGAACGCAGAGCCUGUCAUCUCAGUCAUGCUGCAGAUCCUGAGACAGUGCCACCCUAAGAGUCCACUUCCCUUGGCCACAGCCAGCAGCGCCUAUUCCUGCCCGGUCCCUGAGAGCAUCACCUCUGAAGCUCCCUGUGUUCUCACUGAAGAGGAUUUUGAAGAUGAUGGUGACGAAGAGGUGGACAAAGACUCAGAUUCUGAAGACGUGAAAGAGGAAGAUGAUGAUUUGGAAACAGACCUGGACAAGCUGAGUUCCAAACCUGGACUUGACCGACCUGAGGAGGAGCUGAUGCAAUAUAAGGCAAUGUGUCUUGAGCUCUCCUGCAGGUUUGAGGAACUGGCGUCUAAAUUUGGAGAGGGUUUGGACUCUGAAGAGACUCAGUAUGCCAAUCACCACCACAUUCCAUCUACCACUUCCUCAAGGCAGCAUGGCUUGCUUAAGGACCAAAGCUCCUGGGUACAAGGAAAAGAAGACACAGUCCAGACUUCCCUUCUGAGCCUGGUGAAGAUGGGGAAGUCUACCGUGCAUCUAGCCUCCAGAAAAAGUCCUCUAAUGAGCCCACUCCAAAGCAUACACUGCAACGGUCUUGGGAUAGUUUCUGCUGAAUGCAAAAUCCCCAACUUUCAGACUUCCCUGAAGGAGGCUGCUUGGGAUGCUGAUGCAAUUUUUGGUGCAUUGAGUGUUCCUUUUCCCAAUUCCACUAGUCCUAGAGAAAUCCUCAAUGUAGUAGGUCAGCUUCUGCAGGCCCAUCCAAAAAAUAUCCCUUUCCAUGAUCCCGAGCUUUAUAUGGCCAAAGCCAAAAGAACCAGAUCUGUGUCAGACUUCAAGGUGAUGGCAUUUCCUGAUGUCUGGGGACACCUGCCUUCCUCUUCCCAGUCCAUGUUGGAACGCAAGUGUGGAGUCCAAAGGAUCAAGAUACUUGAAGAUGUCCGGAGACUUAUCCAGCCGAGAGACAUUAUAAAUAAAGUCGUUUUUAGUUUAGACGAGUCCUGGCCCUUGCAGGACACUGCCAGUUGCUUAAGGUUCUUCUCCAAGUUUGAGUCGGGAAAUCUUCGAAAAGCCAUCCAAGUGCGUGAGUUUGAGUAUGACCUAUUGAUCAAUGCUGACGUAAACGGCAGUCAGCACCAGCAGUGGUUCUACUUCCAGGUGAGCGGUAUGAAGCCUGCUGUCUCUUACCGCUUCAACAUAAUCAACUGUGAGAAGCCCAACAGCCAGUUUAAUUACGGGAUGCAGCCAACUCUGUACUCUGUGAAGGAGGCUCUUCUCGGCAGGCCCACCUGGGUCCGGACAGGCUAUGACAUCUGCUAUUACAAAAAUCAUUAUUGCCAGAGUCCAGCUGCCAGAGGAGGAAUACCUGGGAAGUGCUAUUAUACCCUCACCUUUGCUGUUACCUUCCCACACAACGAGGAUGUCUGCUACCUGGCCUACCACUACCCCUACACCUACACAGCUCUCAUGACUCACCUUGACAUCCUGGAAAAAAGCGUCAAUCCCAAGCACAUCUACUUCCGGCAGGAGGUUCUCUGCCAGACGUUGGGAGGGAAUCCAUGUCCAUUGGUGACCAUCACGGCCAUGCCCGAGUCCAACAGCACUGACCACCUCGAGCAGUUCCGAAGUCGUCCAUAUCAGGUGAUCACUGCCCGGGUUCACCCAGGAGAGAGCAAUGCCAGUUGGGUAAUGAAGGGGACCUUGGAGUUCCUGGUCAGCGGGGACCCUGUGGCAAGACUCUUGAGGGAAAACUUCAUUUUCAAGAUCAUCCCCAUGCUCAACCCAGAUGGUGUCAUCAACGGCAAUCACAGAUGCUCGCUGAGAGGGGAGGAUUUGAACAGACAGUGGCUCUCUCCCAAUGCUCAUCUCCAGCCAACCAUCUACCACGCCAAAGGACUUCUCUACUACCUGAGCAGCAUUGGCCGGAGACCCGUGGUCUUCUGUGAUUUCCAUGGCCACUCCCAAAAGAAGAAUGUGUUCCUUUAUGGCUGCAGCAUCAAGGAGACCUUAUGGCAAGCAGACUGCAAGGUGGGCACAUCUGCUCUCUUGGAGGAUGUCAGCUACAGGACUCUUCCCAAAAUCCUUGAUAAGCUGGCACCAGCAUUCACAAUGAGCAGCUGCAGCUUCCUGGUGGAGAAGUCUCGAGCCUCCACAGCCCGGGUGGUGGUGUGGAGAGAGAUGGGCGUGUCCAGAAGCUACACCAUGGAAAGCAGCUACUGUGGCUGCAACCAGGGCCCAUACAAGGGUCUACAGUUUGGCACUGGUGAACUAGAGGAGAUGGGAGCCAUGUUCUGCUUGGGACUCUUCAUCUUGGAGCUCAAAUCCGUAAACUGCAGCCAUCAGCUCCUGACCCGUGCAGCAACUCUGCUGAGUGCUGAAGAAGAGGCCCUAGACCACCACCUCCAACGUUCUUCCCUCCUCUGCUCGUCUAAUUUCUUUUCCAUCAUCUUUGUCUAUUCAUCUUUCAAUGAAGACAGCUCUAUGAAGCUUUGUGUUUGCUCGACAACCAAUGGUUUGAAUGUCCUUAACCCUUUUAUAGCCUAA